AUGUCGUCUGCUGCAAUGCGGUCUGUUGCGACUGUGUUGCAAUCCGUUGCUGGUGUGAUGCCGUAUGCGGAUGCCGCAAAGGUUUUGACGACUACUCUAGUUGAUUCAGGUGCAACGACGAUUGCUAUCGCUGCUAGGGUUUUGCAGUCUGUCGUUGUUGGAUCUGGUGCGCCAGUGUCUAUCGUUGCUGGCUCUGGUGGACAGCUGAAAGUGGAGACGGAAGAGGAAAUAGAUUACAAUGUAUCUGUUUUUUCCACACAAGGAGUUAUCUGUCGGUUUAGGGGUUUUUGGUCUAGCCUGCCUCAGCUGCAUUCUUGGAACUCAGAACACUGGGAACCACUCAUUAUUGGUAAAGUUCAUAUUUACCCCAUGGCUAAAGGGGUUUUUGUUGCAAAGUUUGAGAAUGCUCAAGACAAAAAUAUUAUAUUAUGUGAUCAUUAUUUUAGUUGGGAGGGCAAAUUUAUGUUGAUGAUGAUUAAACCUUGGUACUCGGAUUUCAAUCCUUCUUCUGAAAUGUUUAACAAAAUCCCGUUUUGGGUUUUGCUUCCUAAUCUUCACUUUCAUCUAUGGGUUGAUCAUCUUUUAGAGGAAGUGGGUGAAACCCUUAGUGAUUUUUUGAUGGUGGAUGCCGAAUCUUCUGAUAUUCUUCACUCCACCUUUGUCCGUAUUCUGGUUGAAAUGGAUGUUUCAAAAGGGCUGUCUGCUGAGAUUAUGCUCAAAUCUUCUAAGGGAUGCUGGGUUCAAUCUUUGGACUAUGAGGGGAUACUUUUUCAGUGUAGAAGAUGUUUUAAAACAUGUCAUGUAGUUGCACAAUGUAGAUUAGAGAAGAAGACUAUGUCGGCUUCGUGGUGGAAAGGGGCUUCUGAACAACACUAUACGGUUGAGAAAAAAUUUGAGCAACCUAGGAGUUUUUCUCAAGUGGUUGCGUUGGAUUCUCAGGGUGUUGCGGCUUCCCCAUUGGAGACCACAAAUUGUGGGAACAUUGAUGUAGCACCUUCUUUGGAUGUCUCAAAGGGAGGGAAUUUUGAUGCUGAGUAG